GCACUCUGGCACAUAUACCAUCAUUUGGAUACCAGCAAAAUCAGAAAUUACCUUAUAGACCAAAGAGCUCAAAAGUUGGGUAUUAGCACAGUGGAGUCAAGGAAACAAUAUGAUGACCCGAUCCAUCUGUCGAAAACAUUUUUAGAUCCCAAAAAUUGUUCAGAACUUUUUCUAAAUUGUCAAGUCCAAGGCUGGGAAAUUCGACAAGAACCCGGUCAAGCCAUCAUGAUACCUGCUUAUUCACCUCAUCAAGUCUGCAAUCUUGCCAAUUGUAUCAAGAUAGCCAUGGAUUUUCUAUCCCCCCAAUCAAUUGAAAGGUGCAUUCAAGUCAAGGAGGAAUUAAGGGAGCAGAGGAAUCAUCGUGGAAAUGUUUUUCUUACAUUAUAA